CAAGCUCUGGUUUUGUGCGUCUCUGUUUUUCUUACCAAACAUUUCCGUUUACAUCAAGAAGACUUUCACCUUUCACACCUUCAUAAACAGUUUUGUCUGCAUCUUAAAUUUGGAGUCAAAUCAAAUGUUUUGCUGCUGCAUGGACUGCUCUGUUCCUUCAUCGUAACCGUUUUAUCAGACAAUGGAUUCUGAUUUGACCGCCCUGUCAUGGAGAAGGUACGUCUUGCUGCUUUUCCUUUUAUCAGCGGUUUGUCGGUCGGCUCUGGCUGUUACGCACUAUUCUGUUCCGGAGGAGAUGGAAGUGGGGUCUGUCGUGGCUAAUUUAGCGACUGAUUUAGGGCUUGACAUACAGACUUUGAUAAAAAGAAACGUCAGAUUAGAUGUUAUUUCUAACAAAAAAUACCUCGCUAUAAACAAAGACAGAGGUGAGCUGUACAUACAAGAGAAGAUUGAUCGUGAAUAUUUGUGUCCAGCUAAAACGACUACAACUUGCUUUUUAAAAAUGGAAGUUAUCGUGGAGAAUCCCGUGCGAAUAUUUUAUAUUGAGCUGGAAAUCACUGAUAUAAAUGAUAAUAAUCCUCAUUUUAGACGUGAUACAAUUAAUUUAGAUAUCACUGAAUCAACAUCAGCUGGUGAGCGAUUCUCUGUCAGUAAUGCGGUGGAUUCUGAUGUCGGUUCAAACUCUGUUAAAACGUAUUAUUUGAGCAAAAACGAGCAUUUUGACAUUGAAAUUCAGUCUGGGAGGGACGGGUCCAAGUUUGCAGAUUUAAUAUUAAAAAAAGCAUUAGAUCGUGAAACACAGGCUGUUCAUAAUCUGAUACUGACAGCAGUGGAUGGCGGAGUCCCUCCGCGUUCUGGCACGGCCAGUAUCAUGGUUCGUGUGUUGGAUGCGAAUGACAACGCCCCUAAAUUUGACAAAGAGAGCUACACCAUCAAUUUAACUGAAAACGCGCCCAUAGGCAGCCUGGUGGUUAAAUUAAACGCUACGGAUCUAGACGAGGGUUCUAAUGCAGAGCUGGUGUAUUCAUUUAGUCUGUAUACAUCAGAGAAGACGCAGAAAACAUUCAGUUUGAAUCGUGACAGUGGAGAAAUUAGAGUGAAAGAGAUGGUUAAUUAUGAAGACUUUAGAAUUUACGAUAUGGAGGUUAUAGCAUCAGAUAAAGGGACUCAUCCAUUAACAGGUCAAUGUAAAUUAUCUGUAUUAAUUACUGACAUGAAUGACAAUCACCCAGAAAUUUCGAUUAAGUCAUUUCAGAGCACAGUUAAAGAGGAUGUGCCUGUAAAUACAGUGAUUGCAGUUGUUAGUGUGAGUGAUAAAGACUCUGGAGAAAAUGGACAGGUAGACAUUCAUAUUUCUGCUGAUUUACCUUUUGCGCUUAAAGAAUCAUCUGAUAAUUAUUAUGAAUUAUUAGUUUCAGAGCCGUUAGACCGUGAAAAGCUUCCAGAAUAUGACAUCACUAUCACCGUCACUGACAGGGGCAACCCGCCGUUAUCUGAUAAUGAAACUAUAACUUUAGAGCUGCUGGACGUGAACGACAAUGUUCCUCUUCCACAGACUUUCUACACGAUACCAGUAAUGGAGAAUAACGCGCCUGGAGCUUCACUGAGCUCUAUAACUGCUGUAGACCCAGACCUCCAUGAAAAUCAGUAUCUGGUUUAUUUCAUCAUAGAGAAGGAAAUAGCCAACACCUCCAUGUCCAUGCUGUUCUCCAUUAACCCGGAGAACGGCAAUCUUUACGCGCUAAAGACGUUUGAUUAUGAGAUAGAGAAGGAUUUUCUGUUCCACAUCGAGGCCAGAGACUCUGGUGUUCCUCCACUCAGCAGUAACGUGACCGUUCACAUUAUUAUCAUGGACCAGAACGACAACACACCGCUUAUAGUGUCUCCGUGGCGCGCGCAGGGCUCGGAGGUGAAGGAAACCAUCCCGAGAUCCACCGAUAAAGGAACUCUGAUCGCCAAAGUCAUCGCCAUAGACUCUGAUUCAGUGCACAACUCCCGCAUCACCUACCAGUUUCUCCAGAACACCGACGCUACAUUAUUCAGCUUGGAUCAAUACAACGGAGAGAUCCGGACCAUGAGGAUGUUCAGUUACAGAGACUCGCGAGACCAGCGGCUGGUGGUGAUCGCCAAGGACAACGGAGAGCCCGCGCUCUCUGCUACAGUCACCAUCAAACUGUCCACGGUGGAGACCGCGCUUAAAACCUACACUGAGGUGCCUUUGGAGUAUGACAUCUUCUCGGAUUUAAACCUGUAUCUGGUGAUCGGACUGGGCUCUGUGUCAUUUCUUCUGCUCAUCACUAUAUUGGUGACCAUCGUGCUCAAGUGCCAGAAAGCGAAGCCCAGCAAAGCGGCUCCUCCGAGCAGGAACAGUGUGAUCAGCGAGAGGAACUCCACCAUCGCGGACUCCACUCUGGUCUCCAACGAUGCCUACUGGUACAGUUUAUUUCUAGCAGAGACGAGGAAAGGAAAGCUGGUGGUUAGACAGCCUGUGCCAAAGGGAGCGAGAUACAUCGUGUCCAGCAUCCCGAGGAGCACAGGACUGACCGAGACCAGCGACUCUGCGGCUUCUACUUUACAGGUAUGCAUUGCCACAUAG